GUUUUAAAGGUUGAGAUAUGUAAUCCCUACCCACCACUGAGGAUGAACAGAGCAUUCUUCAGCAGUAUGACCGUCACCAGGUUUUCUCUUGUGUUUUCUGUCUGUUUAGUGACUCUUCUUGUUUGGGGAUGUACUACAGGGAUUUGUCUGGUUAAUGACAAUGUAACCGCACAACCAGUUACGACAGCAACAACCACAGGUUAUAAUGCAACGCAAAGAAUGGAUAGAGAGGUCUCUGAGGGGGGCCAACUAUCAUUCGAUUGUGCAACAAAGUACUAUGAAUGCGACGUAUAUUGCAGCUUCUGUCAGGAUAAUUUUGGAAACCCAACAAUGGAUUGUCUUUCUCUUUUAUAUGAGCAUUGUUUGAUAAUGUUCAAAAAUGAGAUGAGCUCACUAAACACUACUGACUGGUGCGUUUGGAAUAAAGUGAGCAGCUUUUACAGCAACUUCAGCCAUUGCAGUGAGUCCAUGGCUGAGUGUCUCCUAAUCCCAUGGCCAAAUUCACUGGUCGAAAGGUUUUUCGUCAAAAUCCAUUCAAAGUUUUUCAAAGACUGCCCCACAGAGGAGUUCAGUGACCCACCACCUGCCGUAAUGUUCGCCCUGGUGAUUACUCCCAUCUGCCUGAUACCUGUUAUGGUCAGCCUGGUGGUGCUCAAGACCAAAAAUGGAGAUGGCAACUCCUGAUUGCACACUAAAUAUACAAUACCUUUUAUAAUCUCUUUUUUCCAUUCUGAAAACUACGUUAUCUUGCCAAGAUUGCUGCUAGGUCUUCUUCUCUCAAACAAUCCCACAAUCAUCUCAGUUUCUCUGAACUUAAUGGAGUUCAAACUAUGUCUGGCAAGUUAUAAACUUCUGCGCUAAUGAAAUGAUCAUUGUACUGUGGAGUAACAAGUUGUCAUUUACUGUAUUUAGACUUAAUAAGGAAGGUUUAAACUUUUCAAUGUGUGAUGAGUUGUUAUCAGCUGUGUGUGCCUUACCUGUGGUGAACAAUGAUCAGAGCUCCUCUAUAAGAAACAAGUAU